AUGGAAGAUAUCAAAGUUUAUUUAAAUAAAAAUAAUGGCUAAGAUAACGAACCUUCAACUUACUAAAAGUUUAUAAAAAAUUUUAUUUUCGAUAAAUACACUUUCACUAUUCUCGAUCUUUUUUUAGAAACUGAUAAACUUAUUUAAAAUUUAAAGAAGCAAUAUUAAUUUUAAUCACCUUCUGCAGAAAAAACAUAACAAAACUUAAAUAAAAAUAAGCUAAUAGGAUAGUAAAGAGAGUAAAGAGCUGAAAAUUAUUACUAUCAAUUAUUUGUUAAGUGUGUUAAUGAACUUAAAAAUAGUUAGGUAUGUUAGCAAGCACCUCAAAAGUAAGAUUAAACAAAUUAAGUAGUUGAAAAAAUUUUACUCAGAAAUACCAUGCUUUAAAUUGAUCCAGAAGAGCUUCUAAAACUCUUUCUAAAUGAUAAUAAUGUGUAAUAAUUGAUUAGAAAACAUAUAUUUAGCAGGUAAUCGCAGCUACAUUAGAUUUCAAAUAAUAGUAGCAUUCUAAAUUAAACAUACAAUUCAAAUAGUAAUAACCUUUUCCUAAACAUUAACUCACCAAACAAUACCAUAAAUAAUAAAAAUAAUCUUCAAUAUAAUAUCAAUAAUAUACAAAGUAUGGAUGAUUUUUAAUAGCCCUAGACUACUAAUGCUAAUUCUAGUCGUUACAAGCACUAAAGUCGGAGAUAAAACAUAGACUACUUCUCUACUUAAUAUAGAAGGAUAUCAGCUUUUUCUAAACCAGAGUCACCAGUAGUGUCUAAAGAUAGAUCUUUAGUCGGUUCAGGUGGUUAGCUUCCAAGCCCAAUACAAACUCCAAGUCUUUAAAAUAAAGUUAGGGUUUCAUCUGAGUUAGGAAAUAGGGAAUAUUAAUAACAAUAAACUUUUAGGACUAGUAUAAAAUCAAAAACAAAGACUCCUCAGCAUUUGUAAAAUAACUUGAGCAUUAAUACUUAAGACGAAAGUUUUGACGUUAAUUAAAAUGGUUAACUAUCUAACCAUAUGACAUAUAAUUAAGGUCUUAACAGCUCAAGGCAGUAAUAAUAAAGCUCAUCUAAUUAGUAAUCUAUAAGGGAAAUAGAAAUAAUAAAUAACUAUUUAAGUUCUUUAAAUCCAAGAUGGAAACAUAAUCCAACAAGUAACGAGAAACUUAAAUCAUAAACAUAGCAAACUAGAUUUUUCUAAACACAAAACCAAAGAUUUUCUCCAACAAAACAAAUGAAUUUCAAUAAUUUUUGA